CUGCCCAAAUUUAUAUCUAAUUAUUUUAUGGCAUUCACAUUCACUUGCACAGAGAGAACUAUGAAGUAUGGGGGAGAUUCCUUGCAUCCUGUUGAUGGCUCGGAAAAAGAAUACUCUGUCUGCCUUCACUUGGGUCUGACAGAUUACAGGACAUUUAUUGGGACAAACUUGAACCCUCUUUGGGAGAAGUUUCUUGUUCCUUCAGAAGAACACCAGACCGAAGAGACACUUACGCUACAUCUAAACCGUCAGAUCCUUCAUAAACGGUUAGCAUGCAUUUGAUGACGAGGCACUCCUCAUACCCGUAC